UGUUUUUGGUUCUUUUGUUAGUCCCUGGUAAUACACUUCCGGUAUAAUUUUGGCGCACAUAAUAAUCGAUUUUCACCAUAGAAGUGGAGUAUAUUUUUAAUGGUUUAAAAAUGGCAGAAGUUGGGUCUGAACCCGGUGGGCGAAUUAAGGGUACAACUAUAGUGAAGCCAUUUGUGUAUGGUAACAUUGCCAGGUACUUUGGAAAGAAGAGGGAGGAAGAUGGACACACCCAUCAAUGGACGGUCUAUGUCAAACCCUAUAAAAAUGAGGAUCUGUCAGGAUAUAUCAAGAAAAUUCACUUCAAACUUCAUGACAGUUACCCAAAUCACAACAGAGUGGUAACAAAGCCACCAUAUGAAGUCACAGAAACAGGAUGGGGGGAGUUUGAGGUCAUCAUCAAAAUUUACUUUGUGGAUCCUAACGAAAGACCAGUGACAGUGUACCACCUUUUGAAGCUGUUCCAGAGCGAGACUGACAUCAUGCUGGGCAAGAAAUCGCUGGUGGUGGAGUACUACGAUGAGCUGGUGUUCCAGGAUCCUACGGUAUUGAUGCACCAUGCUCUAACUAACACACGACCGAUGUCCCUCGGCACAUACAAACACGACACAGAUUUUGAUGAAAGAAAGGAGAAGACGCUCAAUAACAUAGUAGCAGCCAAUAAGAAAAUCCGCUACGAGAUACAGGAACUUAACGAACGCUUGAAACAGAAAAAAGAAAACAUCAACAAACUGAAGGAGCAUAUCAACAAGGUAGAAGACGUUGACCUACAGCCUGACGUGGAAAGCGUGACGUGAUGUUUGUACCUCGGGUGCGCUUCAGUCUGUUCAUCGUUCAACAUAUAGGACAUAUCUCUAUCAAGGAAACAUUAUAUCAAACAUUCUAGGGAAUGUUGAGGUUGUUCUAUGAUGAUUUUGCUGGACAAGUUGGUGUUAUUUUACACAAUAUAGGGCUACAUUGGCGUAUCCGGUUGAAUCAGUUGAACCGGUUAAACCUGUAAAGAAUAUGACGGGCACAGAUCUGAACCGAGGCUGACCUCCGGUGUAGAUUGAGGGGUCCAGACGUAAAGUUUUAGCUCUGCUUAUCGAACAGUUAAAGUGCGUUUGUUUAUCUCGGAAUAUUUCUGCACCACCUGUACCUUUUCAACCGGUAGACGCGAAUGUAACCUUAGUAUAUAUAUUCCGGACACCUACCACCAACAGGACAGUCUGGGUUAUUUUGACGUUACUGGGUUGUGCUUCGGAUUGAUUCAAUGCUAAAUAUCAGAAAGUAGGACCAUUGUCCAUGACAAUAUAUCGGAGCAUGAUUUGUGAACUUUCUUCAGGAAAAUUGAAUGUCAGUUGUAUGCCAUGAAUAAUAUGGAAUAUUUCUUCAAUAAAACAAUCCCUAUUUGUAUAUUAAAAACCUGUAAAAUCUGA